CUGCACACGCCGUAGCAUUGGAAUCCUGUGAUGUUACUGAUCAAGUCGCGCGUCUAUGAAAGUGGACGCUCGAGCAUACGGUCAACUCCCGAUCGCAAGUUGAUCAGAGUUGAAUUUUGCCUGCGCCUUCAAGGAGAUCGCACACGGCUUCUUCGAAAGAAUCCAUCGCAGACCUGCAAGUCAUGCCAUCGUCACGGCCGGGGCGCCGUGUGCGUACCGCAACAGCCCUCGCCUUCCUGGCAGUUAUAUCUGGCGCAAGGGCCGAAGGAGCUAUUGGUGACUUCAUAUUACAAGGCCUAGGGGCGACCCAAGAUGCCGUCCCGACUUUGACGGUUUCGACUGCACACAGCGUCGCCACCGAACGUGCUUCCUUGAGUCUCUCUGCUGCCCUGACCACGCCGAGUCUACCUGGCGGUAACGGCGUGGCUGCGGCGAAAUACACCAAAGUCUCAUCAGGAUCAUCGGCACGCAGUUCAUACGUCGGUGAAAGUGUUCAAAAGACAACGAUUUUGAGUCCUACGAGUUCCAGUAACCCAACGACAACAACUAUCUUCGACAAUAGGACACCCGUUCCGACCUGGACGGUCCCCGCGAAUGGCUCCGGAACGGCUUAUGCCUCCGCGUGUCUGUCUGAACAAGCACUUUUCCAAGAAUUAUACAGCUUGUCCAAGCUUCCACUUUUGCCGACACGUAUUUACAACACGUAUUCGACGAGCCAUUUCACCGCCUCAAUCACCACUCUUUGUGACGGUACACCACGUGUCGCCGGUUCCUUGACGUUUCAAUCUGUAUCAACAUGGUCAAACUUCUACCCUGACAGUCUCCCCGUAGCACCCUCAUGUUCGGUUCAGAGCACGGACUGUGAUGCAGUUUGCGGCAGUCUGAAGAUGACCAGGUCCUCUUGGCUGUCACAGAAUCUGGUCACUUUGGCCGUUCCUGCAACCCCCACUGUGAUAACAAUAGCCAAUGCUGCCGACACGACCGUGCUCACUAUUGCUACUGCGCCAAUCACGGCAGCGCCCACUCUGACCUUAUUCAAUACCACAUAUGCUCCAGCCAACAACAGUGGAACAUUUUCUUGGUACUUCAGGCCCCCACCAGCGAGAAGCAUACAGGGUCCCGUCGAAUUGGCAGCUGGUGGUUCAGCUACGGUAUCACGACCCGACUCACCGUCUCCGCCCGAUUGUCAAAUGGUAUCCUGCGCCGGCGUCCCAAUGUAUUUCACGACUCGAGGGACCACGGCAUGCCCUGAGAAGUGCCAGAUUGCCGCGCAAUCAGCGGAGAUAAUACGCUUCUCCAUAACGGAGCCUGUCUCCCGAGAUAUGUGCACAUCCAAACCCCCUAAAUCGCUGGGUCAGUAUUGCUUGGGUGGCACUCAAAUCAUGAUAACGAGCGACGCGGACUAUUCGUGGUACGAUUGCAGCUACCCCCCUCUCAACGCAACGUCUACUACAGAAGUGAAUGCGGGGCCGUAUGCAGUUUACUCCGGAAUGACCUACUACCAGAAUCGCGUUUAUGUUUCACUGAAAGGAGCAGGAGCAUACGAUUGCAAUGGCCAAAUUGGCCCUCUGAUAAAUACAGUCCUGACGCUCCACUCUUCCGAACUAUACUCCGUUUGUCGAACAGACGCUGUUUGGGCCACGGCCUUCCCUUACAAUUAUGGCGAUUUCGAAAGCCCCGUGCCAGCCAGCGCUUGGAACUGUCAGCCGUGGUGUGCAGACUUGGCCAAUCCUUUUGAUUGGGCAGGAAAGGCGGGAUAUUCAGAGAUAUUUGCUAGCGGACAUCGAUGGCGCGUCGCUCCGCCUCACUCAUGGAAAAAGGAUGCAGGUCAAUGUCUAGUCGGACUCAUUGCGGACGAAAUUUACCGACCAAUGAUUGCGAUUCCGACGCAGCUCCGAGCCGUACACCCAGAUUGGGAUGCCUGCUCCCUCGAUCUGUUUGGGAUCUACGAUCCACCGAUCGUGCUCACAGCCCAAGCUACUGCCGCUGCUGCAACCUUGGCACCAUUUUUGCAGACAACUGCUGCCAAUCCAGCACCGGGUAUCGCGACUAGCCUGACGCCUGCGAAGGCUACUGCGACAGCGCAGGCGCCUACGGCAUCGCCGACCUUGUCUCAGCAUGCGGCACAGUUCACAUUCGACCCAGAAGCUGACAGUCUGCCCGCGGCCGCUUCGUCAGACACAGCACCGCUAGAGAUCGCAAAAGCGCCGCUCACUAUUUCUGCGAUGGUCAUUCCUCAACUCGUGCCGCCAUCGACAUUAAUCGCACCGGAUUUGGCCACUGCUCCUGCCACUAUUAACUCUCUGCCGACUUUUGCAGAUUCGAAUCCUACUACACCAGCCAGUGGACCAUCGAAUGGCAACGAACCGUCUCCUGCUUCAAUGACCGCUUUCGCUAUUGGUUCUCAGACUGCUCGGCCAGGAGGUCCAGCUGUGACUGCCAGCGGAACCAUAUUCUCGGCGCUACCUUCGGGAGCCGGAGUGCAGGUUAUCGUUAGCGGCCUGACAUCUACGCUCGGCAUCGCUGCCCCUGGAAUCUCAGCUCCCUUAUUACAAGCCGGAAACAUUCUCAUUAAUUCGCAGACACUCUUGCCGGGUGGGACCCCUGUUACUCAGGCCGGCACAAUCUGGUCUGCUUUACCCUCCGGCAAUGGCGUUCAAAUUGUGGCCAAUGGCAAAACCUCCACUGUCAUUCCCCAAGUUCCUGGGAUUACAGCUACGGCUUCCCUUAAGGCUGAUAUUCAUAUCGGUUCACAAAUACUAACUCCCGGCGGUCCUGCUAUCACCUCAGCCGGCACUACCUGGUCUGCUCUGCCCUCCGGAAGCGGCAUACGGAUUAUCGCUAAUGGCCACACUUCUACUAUCGGGCCUAUCGCCCUUGCCAUCGCGCCAGCCCCGGUUCCUACGAACGAUCCCGGAUCCGGCGAACACCAUUCUACUACUGCCGCAAACAACAACUCUACCAGCCCGACUACCUCAGCUCUAGCACUCCGCCCAGUCGGUCCUGCUAGCCAAUCCGCCUGGACUAUUGGCGGUAACCAUAUCAUUACCGAGGGCCAGGCCUGGACAGCCAACGGCACCAUAUUUAGCGACAUUUCCGGCACGCUCUUCACCGGACUUGCGUCGUCCUCGAUAAGCACAGCUCUUGCUACGGUCAUCAAGCAAGGUGCUACAGUACAUGUUCGAGACCUCAGCUGGGGAUCGACGGUCGCCGUAGGACUUUGUGCGCUCAGUGGAGUGCUGGCCGUAGUCUUAUAAUUGACAUAAAUGAUUGAGAUAUACAUCCUAAAAAGCUACGUUUCUGCUGCAACUGGAUUACAGUGGUUUUGGGUGGCAGGGAAUUUCAUCGCAUAUAGAGCUUUGUUGUAGGAAAUUAAUGAAUCACGUCUACCAACUCUUCGCAAACGUCGAGCCUGAAUUUCAGUGAUGAGC